AGGCUGGGCCGUCGCGACGCCAUGAGCGUCAUCUCCUGCACGAGUACGUUCGUCAUCGCGGCUUGUUUUUUCUUCGCAGAUGCGACCAUCACCAGCGAUAAGAUUCCAUUAGGGGCUAUUUUUGAACAGGGUACCGAUGAAGUUCAAACAGCGUUCAAAAAUGCCAUGCUUAGUCACAAUCAAAACGUCACUAUCAGGCGUUUUGAACUACAAGCAUACGUGGACGUCAUCAAUACUGCCGAUGCUUUCAAAUUGUCUAGAUUAAUAUGUAACCAGUUCCAAAGGGGUGUGUACUCAAUGUUGGGGGCAGUUUCGCCGGAUUCGUUCGACACCUUACAUUCCUACAGCAAUACAUUCCAAAUGCCGUUCGUCACUCCAUGGUUCCCCGAGAAAGUUCUAGCUCCGUCGUCCGGAUUCUUGGACUACGCCAUUUCCAUGCGACCAGAAUAUCACCAGGCCAUAAUUGACACUGUCCGUUACUACGGAUGGCACAAAAUCAUUUAUCUCUACGAUUCGAAUGAUGGGCUAUUGAGGCUACAGCAAAUCUACCAGGGUCUCAUUCCUGGCAAAGAGAGCUUCCAAGUAUCUACAGUGAGGAGAAUCAGUAAUGUAACCGAGGCUUUGGUGUUCUUAAGGGGACUCGAAGAACAAGCACGAUGGGAACAUAAAUACGUGGUUCUCGAUUGCUCAGCAGACAUGGCUAAGGAAAUUGUUGUUGGUCACGUCAGAGACAUUGCUUUAGGGAAAAGAACCUAUCAUUACCUCUUAUCAGGAUUGGUAAUGGAUGACAGGUGGGAGAGCGAAGUCAUCGAAUACGGCGCCAUAAAUAUCACCGGCUUUCGUAUAGUCGACGUUACGAAGAAGCACGUGAAAGACUUCCUCGAAGGUUGGAAGAAGCUCGAUCCGGCGACGUCACAAGGUGCCGGAAGGGAAAGCAUUUCGGCUCAAGCCGCUUUAAUGUACGAUGCCGUUUUCGUCCUUGUGGAAGCUUUCAAUAAAUUGCUCAGAAAGAAACCGGAUGUUUUUCGAAAUAAUAUGCGUCGUGGGCAAUUGUUUAAUAACGGCAGUAAAGGACUUGACUGUAACGCUUCCGGUGGUUGGGUUACUCCGUGGGAACAUGGUGAUAAAAUUUCUCGAUUUUUAAGAAAGGUCGAACUCGAAGGUUUAACCGGCGAAAUCCGUUUCAGCGAGGACGGCAGAAGACAGAACUAUACAUUGCACGUCGUUGAGAUGACCGUCAAUAGCGCCAUGGUGAAGGUAGCCGAAUGGAGCGAUGAUACCGGAUUCAAUUCGGUCGCAGCAAAAUACGUCAGGCUAAAGCCGACGUCUUACAUCGAGAAAAAUCGCACCUACAUCGUCACAACUAUAGUGGAGGAGCCGUACAUUAUGCUGAAGAAAAAUGCCACCGGAAACGACCGCUACGAGGGCUUCUGCAAAGAUUUGGCGGAUUUGGUCACGAAGGAACUCGGCAUCAAUUACGAGAUUCGUAUCGUGAAAGACGGCAACUACGGGACUGAGAACGUGAAAGGAGGAUGGGAUGGAAUGGUUGGAGAGCUCGUCAGACAAGAAGCGGAUCUAGCAAUAGCUCCAAUAACGAUAACAUCAGAACGAGAACGUGUGAUAGACUUCAGCAAACCGUUCAUGUCGCUAGGCAUCUCAAUCAUGAUAAAGAAGCCAAUAAAACAGAAACCGGGAGUGUUCAGCUUUCUAAAUCCACUGUCGAAAGAGAUCUGGGUUUGUGUCAUCUUCAGUUACAUCGGCGUCAGUAUAGUACUGUUCACGGUGUCAAGAUUUUCGCCGUACGAAUGGCGUCUCUUACACUUGACGGGCGAGCAUCGCGACGCCGGCGUCCAACACGGCCAUCACGGCUCUAUGGCAAACGAUUUUAGUAUUUUGAAUUCGCUUUGGUUUUCCUUAGGUUCGUUCAUGCAGCAAGGAUGCGAUAUCUCACCUAGAUCCAUUUCAGGAAGAAUUGUUGGAUCUGUUUGGUGGUUUUUCACACUCAUCUUAAUUUCGUCGUACACGGCAAAUCUAGCGGCAUUUCUCACGGUUGAAAGAAUGGUAGCACCCAUCAAUUCACCGGAGGAUUUGGCCUCGCAAACGGAAGUACAAUACGGUACAUUGUUACACGGAGCCACGUGGGAUUUCUUUAGGCGGUCCAAAAUCACACUAUAUUCGAAAAUGUGGGAAUACAUGACCUCGCGCAAGAAAGUUUUUGUCAACAGCUACGACGAAGGUAUCCGACGAGUGCGAACAUCGAAAGGUAAAUACGCCCUCCUCAUUGAAUCUCCCAAGAAUGACUACAUUAACGAACGGGAACCGUGCGAUACAAUGAAAGUUGGUAGAAAUCUAGAUGCGAAGGGAUUUGGAGUUGCAACUCCUCUUGGAUCCCCUCUUAGAGAUGCAGUGAAUUUAGCUGUUCUUAGUUUGAAGGAGAAUGGAGAAUUAACUAAGUUAACGAAUAAGUGGUGGUACGAUAGGACUGAAUGUAAACACGAUAAACAAGACGCCUCCAGGAACGAACUGUCCCUUAGCAACGUCGCGGGCAUUUUUUACAUCCUCAUCGGGGGUCUUCUCACAGCGCUCGCAGUAGCCCUGAUCGAAUUUUGCUACAAGUCUCACAUGGAAGCCGUUCGUGCCAAGAUUCCACUGGGCGAUGCCAUGAAAGCCAAGGCCCGUUUGACGAUAGGCGUCGGCCGGGAUAUCGACAACGGCAGGUACUACACCCCUGCAAACCAGAUCGGAGGCGCGAAUGAGCAAGAGCAAGCACACAGCAAUACUCACACGCAAGUCUAAAUCCGGUCGAGAAGAAAGAGAUACAAAACAGCCUCUCCACCUUUCCGCAUAUCCUUUAAGUGUUAACCGUUUUUACUCAUUGCCAUGUCAUGUAGUAGAUUUAAUUCAAAGACGUUGCGUUCCCGUGCCACGUAAUGUAGUCCGUUUCGUUAGUGUAAGUAUUGUAAGUGAGCGAUUCAUUAAUUAAUAAAGUGAUGUUUGUUGUAUAAAAA